UGUGAAUACCUUUGUGCCGUCGAACGGUUGCGUGUUAGCGGUCAACGGUCAGUGUCCCUUCAAAGAUAUCAACAUUUAGCACAAAACUGCUGUGAAAAUAAUAAAAUGAAAGAGAAAUGUGAAAUGAAAAAGUUAAAUUUGUGUAUCGUUAAUUGAAAAGAGCUUUCUUUCGGCCAAAAUAUAAAAUAAAAAUGAAUUAUUGAAUGAAAAGUUAGUGACUACGGUAACAAGUGACAACAGAAAAAGAACAACAAAGCUAUGACCUAAAUGUUGCUCAUUCGACACGCACAACCGUCAACUAUAAAACGCAGCAUUUAUGCGGACAACAUUCCGAUUUACGACACCAACACAAGCAAUCUAACUACAAAUCUUACAGUAAAAUCAACGAAAUCGAAGUCAUAACCAUCAAGAAGUGAGUUCGCGUCCGAGAUGGAUGCGCGAAAACAGAAACGACUUGGCGCCGCGCCAAUUGCAUCGUUCGAGAAGUCGUUUGAGGAUACAGCAUCCACUGCGACUCACAGCAGCACUACAAGCUCCAUCACAAGCAGCAGUUCGGCUACAGCGGCAACGGUUAUACCAGCAGCAGCGCCUUUCUUGGGUUCAACGAAGUUCAGCGCGUCGCAGGAACAUGAAACUCUUGCCAAGGACAUCCACAGCAAUGGCGAGAUGUCGAUGGAGCCGCGCGAGCACAUUACUAAAACAGCUGCGGACAAAGCAAUCGCAACGGGGAAAACGAGAAAUGCCCAACUGGAACAACCUAGUAUAGCCGUAUCGGUGCCGGGAAGCAGUGUAGUUGCAACAGACGCCAGCUCUGCCGCUGCUGCAGUCAUCCAAAGCAGUAGAUCGAAAGGCGAUGGCAACAACACGAAGCGACCACCUCCUUUAAAGGCGACUGUCUCCGCCGCCACCACCACUGUCGCAGUCGCACCAGGUGGCGGUGAUUCGGUUGGUCAGCCACAAGCGCAGCAUCAGCAGCUGGCGGCUGGAGUGGGGGGCGCGUACAAAGGAGCCACUACGCUUGCCACACCCUCCACGCCCCGCAUUGAGCUGAGUCGUGCAUCGUCGUCGUCGCAUCACGAAGAGGAUAGCCGGGAAAGCAGUCCGGAGAAUGUGUUCGAACAGGUUGGCACUGGCACCCUACAGGAAACAAUCGGACUGGGCUUUCGCGAAGAGGGCGCACUGGAGCUGCGGAGCUCCACCGAGGAAUUGUACUUCAUGGAUCCGGAGCAGAAGAAGGAGGAGCAAGAGAAAAUGCAACAGCAGCAAGCGAAACGCUCCUCCCCGCACAUCUUCAAGUUUGACGAUCAUCAGAGCUAUUUGCAGCAGCACCAGCGAAAAGACUCAGCCAGCUCCGAGGUCGCUGCAUUACUUUGUAUUUCCGGACGCACAAGUCGCAUAUCCAGCGUUGGUAGCCAGGGUUCGGCUGUGAGUAGGCUCUCAGCGGUGUCGGGCGUUUCACGUUCGCCUUCGCCGCAUCGCAUGCUUUUAGAGACAUCCUUUUGUGGUCCAAAACCGUUGGAAAAUGUAGUGGACGGCCGGGUGUUAACUACUAUUGAGCCACCGACUGUUGAACUGCUUGAGCAAGUUUUGCUGUCUCGUAAGCACGAUCCAACACAGGCAGUGUUGGCGGAAGGUAUUACAGUGGAGAGUUCACCGAAGAAGAAGCCGACAUCGCUAUCAAACGGUGAAGCUAAACCGCCAAUGAAAAUCACUAAGAAAGUGGAGCGACCCAAUGCUGUAGCUAUUGCAUCUGCAGGUGUAGAAAAGCCAACCAUGGGUGCUCAGCGGAGAAGUAGUAAAAGCCCGGGGCAAAUGGUGAUUGGAAAAACACCAGGCGGUACCGAGUAUAUACGCAUUAACCUGAAGCCAGACUAUAUGUAUGAUGACAAAGGUAUUGCCCCUCAUGAGAAAGUCGUGGAGGCUCCAAACAGCAUUGCACCGCUUUAUUCACGCAGUCAAAAGAAACCUGCUUCACUGAGUUUAGGUCGAACCGCUGUGGAUGAAAAUCGACUUACACCAACAGCCAGUCCUAAACCCUCGCGACACGGCGUUUUGACGAAGGAGACACAUGGUAGUCGUUCACCUUCACCAGCCACAGUUUCAGUUUCAAGAAAGAGUUCAUUUAGUUCGCUUUUUCGACUAGGCGGGAAAGACUCACCAGAUUCACCCCGUGAACGUUCACGAUCCCGUAGUAAAAGUAAAGAACGUCAGACGCCGCAGUCACAGAACGUUACACCAAGCAAACAAAAAUCCGUUUUAGCGAUUUUCAAACCGGGGAAACGUGGCAGUAAUGCAGGCGCCGACGCCAAAUCUUCGAAGAGCUCUUCCCCAAUCGAUGGACAUGAGCUUCAGCAACAAAUGCGCAGCAAAUCACACACCCCAUCAUCAACUACCACUGGAGGUGGAUCUCGUCCUGCUAGUAGAUUACGUUAUUACGAUGAACCUGUGGAAGGCGUGAUUCACAUACCUCUUCACACUCCACCAGAAGAAAAGGAGGCUCGUAAACUAUUGCACGGUAUACAACAACUCAAUGCAGAGCCGAUGCGUCCAGUUCCAACUGCUAUAACUGCUAGUCAACUUGCUGCAGCCGCUGCUGCUUUAAAACCAGUAGGCACUCGAAAGGGUUCUGGAAGUGGAUCUUCAGGCAGUGGCCAAUCGCAGCCACGUUCGCAACAGGUGGAAAAACUACAACGUAUCGAAAAUCUCGAUGCAAUACAUACACUUUCACAGGAUGAUGACAAUAAAGAACGUACAUGGAGCCUAGAAGUGAACAAGCAUAGCUCACAGGACUCACAGGAGACAGCUGGUUCUGAAACUAGCUACGCCAGUGCCAUAAAAGUCAAUAUUCGUUCAAAUUUGGCCAAUGUUAAAGAAAAUGUUGUGCAGGAAAAUGGUAUGGCAGCGGAGGCUGAAAUUCAUCGGUUACCUUCGGUGGAUAGUGUUAGCGAGACGAAGAUCGUUGAAACCGUAGCUACUGUUAAUGUAAACAUUACACAAAUUCAGCCUGAAAAUGAGCACACAAAAGAAAAGCGUCGAUUGCUUUUCACCACACGUUUAGGCUCAGGUAGUCAGGAUCCAAUAUUUUCUACACAAUUUAGUAUUUCUAAGACCGAAAGUCAGUCUAGCCAACUGUCAGAGCAAGUUCAAGAGACAAUAGCAGAAAGUCCCGUCUCAGAGACCUUACAUAGACAAGGCACUGUAAUCCGUCGCUCAGAGGAAGAAGUCGAACUAAAUGCUUCAGCAAAAAUACAGGAACCUAAAGAGCCUACGAAAUUACCGCCGAAUAGGCGGACCUCUACGGAAGCUGCAGCUCGUCGGCAAAAAUCGAUUUCCACGUCAGAAGAUGAAAAACCCAUUGUGCAGACUACUGUAACUGCGGUUGUCAUGCGUCGCAAAGAAUCGCAUGAGGAACCGCGGAGAAAAUCACGCUCCACAUCGGAGGAGGAUGCAGAUGCCGGUGGGGGGAUUUUAAAUCAACGGCAUUCACGUUACUUGGAAAACUUCGAUGUACGUAAAAAAUACCAUGAGAAUGUGCCGCGAAAACCUAAACGGCAAAGUGUUUCUGAACCAAAACGUGGUGACAGUACGGAGGAUGCGGUUGUGCCUGUCGUAGAACAGCGUGACGAUCAAAAACCACCAAAACAACAUCAGCAACGUAAACCGACACUGCCUCAACCACCACCACCAUCUACAGCUCCUUCACCAUCACCUCCUCCAACAGCUCCAUCCGUAGCUGCAAGUCGUUCGCCAACACCCACGCAACGAGUGCCGCGCUCACAAUCCCAGUCCCCUGUAGAUGCCUCCGGAAAACAAACGCCUGUUAAACCACCAAGAACCUCUACACCUACACGCCGCUCACAUGGCCAACAUGUCGGAACCGAAAGACAAUCAAUGCCUUCAACCGAUGAACCAGUUGAAUCCUCUGAGAGUGAACGAGACUCUGACCUUGCUGGUGGCUCGUCCGCUGCAGCCGACCCCAAGCGUCGGCAUUUGCCCCGUCAUGUUGGUACUAUUGAAGAUCACGAAAGUACAGGACUGGUGUCGCAAGAGUCUUUUGACGAACUUCCUUAUGUGCCAACCACGUUACCCGAGGAACGCGCACAUGGCGUACCACUUGUUCCUAUGAAAGAUCGAGCCAACAUGGAAUUGAAAACAUGUCCUGUGGAGCGACCGCGCUCAACUACACCACUUAAUCCUUCACACUUAGAGGAAUAUUGCGGAAUAGUUACACCUCAGGAACAAACAUAUGAACUUAGCGGUUCAGUUCCAGUUCGUGGAGAAAAACUACGUAUCAGUUUGCCACGUAAAGACUCCACAAAAGAGCGAGGACAAAGCGCAAAGUCGCCUCGACGACCAUCUAAUACUAGCGGCAAAUCAUGGUUUGAGUUUGCCGAAGAAGGUCUUCGCGCUACUGCGUCUAAUUUGGAACGUAAAGACUCCAAUAAACAAUUGCUGCAGCAGCAGCAGCAGACACAACCCGAAUUGGAAAUCAAAACCAAAGUUGCUGUGAGCAAAGCGACAACAACUACCGUGCAAACCACGCAGACACAAAUUACACCAACAUCGGGCACCACAACAACGCAACGAAAACUCUCCGGACACUGGAUAGAUUUCGAAAAUAUACCCGAAAAACGCAAGCCACCAAAACGAAUCACGGCAUUACCCAAAGAUGGUGUUAUUACAACCAGCAGCAGCAAUCGAAUUCAUGCCACCACAUCGAGUGUUCAACAUGCAGCGCAGCUCCCAGCACAUGCACAUGGUCAUGGACAUGGCCAUCAUCAACCAGCACAACCUGAUGUGACAAUGGAUGGCAAAAUCCAUUACAACUAUGUGAAGCCGGAAGAUUGCCAGUGUGAGUGUCAUGAAGCCAAGCGCGAGGGCGGCGCCGGCGCUGUGGCGGACGACAACGCGAGCGCGGCCGCUGGCGACGAUGAGGUGGAGGGUGUGACAAGCAGCAAAUCCAUAACUAGUGUUGAUCUGCUGCAGCAAGGUGAGGAUAUGCUGCCAUUACUGGAUCCCGAUACGCAAGACGGAAUUGAACCAAGUGAUUCAUCGCGUGAGUAUAGCUGUUAUACGGACGAUGAGAUGGACGUGCCGAUGAGACGAGCAAGUUCAAGUCGCUCGAAAGGGAGUUCCUCCAAAUUGGAAGAGUUUCCGCGGCGCGAUGUUUCGCACAGUCCCCGGAAUAGAAAGUUCCCAGACAAUCGCAAGUGAGGCAGCUGGCGAUUCAACAGCACCUUGCUGAGUUCUCGUUUAACGCGUAUUAAGUUGAUCAAAAUUUCUUAUUCUUAUUAGAAAACGUUAGCUUACUUAGAUAACACUCGAAUGCCUUUCUGUUUUGUUAGCGCAGUUUUAACUCGUAGUUAUUUCCUUCAGGAACAGCUAGUAAAAUAUUUAUAUUAUACAUCUACAUUUAAAUAGUUAAAUUUUUGAGGAUUUUGUUUGAAGGACUGGAUACAUAAAAUAUGUUAAUGUUUUUUUAUAUAAAAUGCUUCUAAUUGAGGAUUAAUUCUUCUUAAAUCAUUUAAAAUAUUUAUAAGUCAUAUAUCUUCAAUUGCAUUGAAUUUAAACAACCAAGGAACACUGAGACAUUAUUUUGAUUAGUAAACAUUGCAUUUUGUUGUUUUUGUUUACCUGUCGCUAUCUGUGCCGGGUUCCUUGCGUGACAUAGAAAAUCGAAUACUUUUUCUUGUGAACAAAGAGACUUCUUAUAUGCAAAUUGUUUAGGCUCUAAUAUCAGAGGUUAUUAAUCACUAUACAUACAUACAUACAUAUAUGAAAUCAGCUAGUGCUUACAUACAUAUUUAUAACUACUACAACUACAAGUAUAUGCAUACAUAAAUACAUAUUCAAAUUGCAUACAUACAUACAUACGAGUAUAUACAUAUUGAACCGAUUACUUGCCGACAAGUAUAUGGAAUUAGCUUAGUUAGUGAGAAUUUUAAUGAAUUUUGGUGUGCAGCAAAACCACUAAAACCAAACGGGCAAAAAAAUACUUUGAAAUAUUCACUUUCGUAACCCUUUCGAAAAUUAAAAUUAUUGGCAAUAUCUCAAUGUUCGAGAAAUGUUUACCUUGUUAAUGAACCGUUUUCCAACGCAUUCGCGUCUAGUCCCACAAGUAGCUUCAAUGAAUUAAAAACAAGAAUACCAUAGUAUCUCUUAUCUUGAGAGCAGCAAAUGGAAUUUGAAACUAAGAUUUGAGAUCUUCUUAUGACAUUACUAAAUGGGUUCUUUAGGAUUUAGGAUUAGGAAUUGUGAGGUAACUGAUAGAGUUGUUUGAGAAGAAAUAUCAAUAAGUAAGCGUUGUUGUUGUUGUUUUCAAUAGAGUAUAAGCAAAAGAGAUCCUAUUCAAAGUUCUAGAUGUUUAUUCAUGUAUUUUUGUAAAAUUAUACAUAACCAGUUGAACCAAUUGAAUGUAGCGUUAAUGUACGAGCAUCCGAAUGUGUACUAGGCGUCAAUAAGCGCUCACUCAAAUUUAAACAAAUAACGUACAUAGCACAGGCUUCAAAUAAAAACUUGUGAAUUGAAUAAAAAAUUUAGAAUGAAAAUUAUCAAAUCUACACAACUCCUCCCCCGCCCUCUAUGAUCGAGUUAACUUAGCUUGAUUUUCUGGGUUUUCUUUAACCCUAUUUCGGCGUAAUAAUCUGCGUAGAUUUCCCUUUAUAAGAUACCAAUCUCAAUUAUCUUACAACCUUACCUCAAUAUUUCCAUUUCUGAACAAAUUUUCCUAACAUAUCCCCAAUUUCAAGGAACAGCAUUUGUCAGUAAUGAAAUAAGGUGUUCUGUUAAUUUCGUGUAUUUCGAAAGCCUUCUUCAAAUCAUAAAAUUAGCUUCGUGUUUCUAAAUUGAACUAAAUGCUUGUUAAAGUUUUGUAAAUCUAGUCAACAAUUCGAUUCGAUCAUAAAUAUUAGAACGUUUUUUAAUAGGUCAGUCAACAAAUUUGAUGGAUCAUACUUGCGAAUUACGAAAUCACUUAUCCGCACCACCAUAAAAUCCUUUCAAACUAAAGACAUGU